ACGAAGUCGGAGAGAGUAUAUCAGAAAUUAACCUAAAAAGUAUCUCUGUCAAGUACUUCUUUUAAUGUUGUAACUUUCUUUCUUUAACAUCUGUUUAAGAUACUUGAAAGGAUGGGUGGUUGGAUAUUAGAGAUAGCUAAGAUGUGUCUGUACAUAUCGUUUCCUGUGGGAAUAUUUCAUUAUGUCAAUCAGCCAGCUUAUUUCGAUAAAUGGGUGGUAAAAGCUAAGAAAGAGCAUUAUCCACCUGAGAGUAGAAAAGCAAAUCAGGAAAUGGAAAAUUUUAUUCGUGAUUUCAAUGCUAAUAAGGAGAAGGCACGUUUGGAUGCUAUGGAAAGGCAAUAUGCAAACAGAUGAAAAAAGAUAAUAUGGUUGUAAUGUUUUUAAUUAUAUAUCGUGUACAUAAGGGAAUAUACCUUAAUAGACUUAAUAGUAAGAAAUAAAAAUAUUAAUGAACUAUUUCUAA